AUGAUAAUCAAGAUAGAACAGCAUAAAAUUGGUCCAAAUGUAAAUGCUAGGAGCAUUGACAACCUGUUGACUCUGGAAUUGCCUACCUGCCAGCAGCAGGUACUUAACAUUAACAUGAAUCAAGAAACAACAACGUCCAGUGAUACAGAAGAAAAAGACUCCCAACCUCUUCCUGAUGAGGAACUUUUUGUUUUGAAAAAACAUUUUACAGCACGAAAUAUAAAAGUCGCUGCACGUGCUGAAAUUGGAAGGAAGCAGCUCCUUGCAUUUACGGCUGGGGAUGGAGACCUCAGUUUACACUUCUUGCCAGGAGAACCUCCAGAUAAGCCAGUGAUGAAAUUAAUUCCAUGGUUUGCUGACCCAAAUAGAAGAAUUGCUUGUAUGUGUUUUGAUCCAUCUGGUGCAUGGCUUUUAAUAGCAGGUUAUGACAACUCUUUGUUCAUCAUCCCUGCGUUAGCGCUUGUGGACUCUAAUUUUCCUGUGGAUCAUCGUUGGGCAAUCAAUGAUGUCACCAUCAUCCCACCCAUUGCGGGUGCCCAGGGAAGUGCAGGCCGGGGAGCACAUCCAGCCGCCAUUAUUUGGUGGCAGAGCCUUAUUGAGUGCAAUCACACCGCUGUUGUAGCUAGUGACCGUGGAGACAUUGCAUUCAUUAACUUGUGCACUGGCUCACAAAUUGGUGUCACUUUCAUCCGCUCGCCUAUUAUUAGCUUGCACAUCUGCCAAGACAACAGCAUGGAUACAGUCUUCUUAAUGAUUACUGGGGAAAACAAGGAUCAGUGGCGUUUGCUACUUGAGCAGCGCAGUACAUGCUUCUCCUGGCCAGGUACUUCGGACGCCUCCACAUCAGACCUUAGUUCAAGCACAGGCAGUGCAGACCUUGAUUUCAAUACCAAGAUCCCUUCUACUGCGAGGUCAAGGUUGCAAGGCCUGAAGCAGCUCUCUGUGGAGAAGUUGGCCAUCCUGCGGCAGAGGUUGGCUGAGACACGCAGCAGGGGCGUAAUGAUGGGAAUGGGUGGCAGCAGUGCAAAGCGGGGACUGUCAGCUCUUCUGAAGGAAUCAGAGACAAUGAGCAAUGGCAGUGGGAGCAGCAGCGGCAGUGAUGACACAGGCAGUGGAAGCAAACGUAGUGGAACUCCCAGCUCCAGCUUUACCUCUACUGGACCUCGUCCCGAGCAACUGAGCAUCCACGUGGGAGAGACAUUCCUGCAACCACAGCAUGCACGAGGACGCCAUUUGCUCUCGGGAUACUAUGCACCAACAAGCAUACUCACAGUUCAUGGAACCAGCUUAGAAUUAGUGCCCCUCUUUGUACAUAAAUUGCCUCCUGAUUGUGGAGAUGUACUUCUCACUGACCGGUUCCUGUUUAUAUCAGACUCUUCCAAGUCUACCCUAUCUGUAGUAUCAUGUCAACUCUCCGAGUGCCGUAUUGAUGGAGAUGGGGACUUCAACCCUGAUUCUGUUAUUAUUUCUUACAAUUUUCCUGGUGAGAAAAUAGUAUGCGUGUUUAAGUGCACUGAAUCCAAUUAUCGGCGAGAGGAAACGAAGGUGUCUGCUAGUGAAACUGACACUGCUUCCAAGGAGACUGGGCGUGCGGCUUUGAAGGCCUCCCACGUGCAACAGCAGGCGAGAGAAUUCAAACCUACUCCUGUGGAGGCACCUCCAGUAGAUUCGUGUGUUGUGGUCACCUCUCAUGCAAUGUACACUAUACGCCUCAGAUGUCCUGCCCCUGACAUCUUCCUUGAGCUAGUACUCCAACACCAAGCUCUGGAGCGGGCAGAGCGUUUGGCACAAGUGUUUGGACUCAGCUUGCAACAGCUUUUGGAGCAUGCAGGUGACUUGCGUUUGUCCUCCAGGGAUUUCCCUAAUGCCAUUGCCUUCUACAAACUCUCAAGGUGUCGACACUUGAAAAGUGUGCUGAAGUUCGCUGCUGGUGGUCACCCUGCAGAACUGCUCAGCUAUGUGAACGUUCUUUUCACCACAUCAGGGCUUGACCUCACAGGCACCUAUUGGGUCUAUUCAGAGAAGAUUCAUCUCUCCAAUCUGGUUGUAAUGAGCUACACGGAGCAAGUGCUGCGAAAUCCACAUGCCCGCACCAUGUAUAAAAAUUUCCUGCGCUUCCUUCGUGAAAAUUUAUUUUAUGAUGAAGUUCUGGCAGUGAACGUGGCUGGCCAAACAGGACUGUGGGAUGUGCUACAGCAUUUGUGCUCAAUGCGAGGAAUGCACAUUCAUGUUUUGGAGGUGCUUUCCAAAGUUUUGCGUUCUGGAGGGGCUGACUCCAAACUCCCAGAAGGAUCAGCGUCUAAACUGGCCCCUACUGCAGAUGGUUUGAUAUUUUCACUUUGUAAUUGUGCUGGAAUGUGGCUUUGUGCAUCAGACCCUUCACUUCAGCAAGCACUGCUCAUACGUCCUCCUCUUGCUAGAUGUCACCUUCAGGCUGUGAAUACUCACUUGGCAACAAUCGAGUUGAAGUCCUUGGAGCGGUUGGCAGCUCUGUAUGAUCCUUCAGCCCCUUCUGCUCGACCAUUUUUGCAGAAGAGACUUAGUCGUGUUCGUACGGCCAGUGAGUCUGGCAGUUGUGCUUCCAGCAAUGAACCUGACUUCCUUCUGGAUGCCAAUGUUAAUGAGGAGGCUGUGUUCCCAUUGGACCAGCUGCUCCACACCUUCUUACUAGUGCUGCUGCAACUGGCUGUGCGGAGGGUGGCCGGUCCCACUUACGACCCUCGGCUGGUCCGCAGGCCACCCUCGCCGCCACCACCACCUCCUCCUCCACCACCACCAAACAAAGAGGAGAGCCCUCCACCAAUCAAAGUGCCGGUGCAACAUUCAGCCCUUGGUGCAGGUUUUGCUCAUGUUGCCAUGAUUCGAAAUGGCAGUGUGUACACUUGGGGGGGAGCAGUGCUUGGAUGCUUAGGAACUGGGCCAACAAUGUCUCGUUAUGCAACCCCCCAGCCCAUUGGACUCUUCCCUAGCCUUUUAGUGGAAGUGAUAAGUGUUGCUUGCGGUCGGCAACAUUCCCUGGCUCUCACAAACAACGGGGUGUAUGCCUGGGGGUCUUCCCAGUUUGGGCAGCUGGGUGUUGGUGCCAUCUUGCAGGUACCCAGCCCACGUCUUGUGGAGUCUCUGGCAUCAGAGCAUGUGGUUGCUAUUUCUGCUGGCCAGUAUCACUCCUUGGCACUCACAGAGGAUGGCAGACUUUUUUCUUGGGGUUGGGGUGUCCAUGGCCAACUGGGACACCGCUCUGUGGAAGAUGAACGGCUGCCAAAGUUAGUGGAACGUUUAACAGAACAGCCAGUUAUACAAGUGAGUGGUGGCCACGGCCACUCCCUAGUGCUGGCAGCUGAUGGAAGUGUGUUCACCUUUGGCUCCAAUGUUUUUGGUCAGCUGGGAAAUGGUAGCAGUGCCAAAAGCACAGUCCCAGUUAAGGUCACUGCUCUACCAGAACCCUGUGUGCUUGUUGCAACAGGCUAUUUUCAUAAUUUGGCAGUGAGCCGCAGCAACAAAUUGUACACAUGGGGCUCUAGUCCCCAAGUUUUGCGGCUGCAGGCUCAAGCCCAGAAGAAGGCGCGUCUGCUGCAACAGCAGAGCGUUCAGGCAGCGGCUGCAGCCGCAGCUGCUGCAGCAGCCGCUCCAUCUUCUGUGCCUUCAUCAGAGGCUGUGGACAAUGGCAAUAUCUCUGUUUCCAACCCCACUGGUUCCCACCCCUCAUCUGAUGGAACUUCGGCCUCCCACAUACCAAGCUCACCUGACCCUCACUCAGCAGCAGCUGGCAGAGAGACCACAAAGAACCUCACAACGAACAUGCCCAAUGGCAAUGCAACCGACGCAGACACCAGACAGGCUCUCAAAGCGCGGUUGACAUUGGAAAACAUUGGGGACUCUCCAAGAAAAGCAACUGCAGCCGAUCGUUCUUUUGGGUUGUCUGAGUCAUUGCCUAGUAAAGUAAGUACGACACCGGAAGUGCUGUUUGACGAGGAGUUUCCAGAGGUGGCAAAGCUGGAGGCGGAGGAGCUGGUCGCGCCAGGCCUCCCUGCUAUUGUGGUCAGCCCUACUGUAGAGUUCAAGGGUCUCAGCCCUCCGUCUGUGCCCACUAACUCCACAAGCCCCGGCCUAGGGGUUGCCGGCAGCACAGGAGGUGCUGAGACAGAUGAGGCCCAGGCCCACCUCUUGCCUCAGCAGGUGGAUUUGGCACAAGUUGUGGGCACUGUGGCACAGAUUGCAUGUGGCUGCCAUCACUCAGCACUCCUAAGCAGCGAUGGCACCCUAUAUGUGUGGGGUCGCAACCUGGAUGGGCAAGUUGGGAACGGAUCUCGGAAGGAAGUUCCUGCACCAGCUCCUCUGGGCUGUACACCCACUGUCAGCUUAAAGCAAGCAACUGCAGUUGGAGGAAUAUCCAAUGUGUUGCCUGGAUCUGUACUGGACAGAGCGUGCCUGCAACAGGUGUGCUGUGGCUGUGAGUUCACUGUAGCUCUGGAAGCUACUGGAAGUGGUAGAGUGUGGGCCUGGGGUAGCAACGCACAUGCACAGUUGGGUUUCCCUCCUGUAGAAGACAGCAAGCCUCUAGAAGGCAAGUUGGUCAUGCUGAAGACGUCGAAGCGAGCAAAGUCAGAAGCAAGUGGUAGCUCUGAAGUAACUCUGCCUGCUCCCUUGGCAUCAUUAGAAAAUCCUCCAUAUGGUUUGUUGACUCUUCACGUUGCUCUUCAGAGAUUUUAUGGCCUAUAUGAUGCUAAGCAACUCAUGGCAAAGUGUGUGGAACUGGAAAAUUAUCAGGCAGCAGCAAGGUUAGCAGCUUUGGAUCGCCGGUAUCAUGUAGCACUGGCUUUCCAAUUGCGGGCAUUGGCUUCAUGUUCCAAUGGAAACACUGCAGCCCCAUCACAUAGCACACAAGCAGAUGAGGAUGAUGUUCACCUUAAGAAUGAUAAAAAUGCUCAUAGAAGCAAUCUGAAUGGGACCAGAAGAAAUCUUAAAUAUCGUAGAGAGCAGCUCAUUACAGAUGCAGGUGCAACAUCUGCAUCAAAGCCUGACAAGGAGACAGCAGUGGAAGAAGGAGGACCAGCCCGCAUGCGACCUCUGGGUAGCAGCUGCAGCAGUGCUGAUGUGAGUCCACGCCGCCAUAUCAGGGGACGAACACUGGCUGAGCAAGGUCGCAGCGCCAGUGCCAGCUCCACUCCUGACAGCACCCGUUCCUCAGUCAUUGGCGAAGAUGCCGAGAUGCACACGUUUUCGAUACAGGGAGGGAGAGAACAGAUGUCAGAGGGCCGCAAUCUGGGCAGUCCUGACUCAGGUCUCUCCCAGCCUGUUGAAUCACCUGCACAUCAGCCUGCCAGUUUGGAUCUCCCUCCUGCUUCCUCUGAUUCUGGGCUUCCCAAAGUAGGAGACCUUAAAGGCGAUCCUCAUUCAAGCACCAAUGCUGAUCCUUCUACAAUAGACAAAGUUCCUGCCCCUGCAGAGGACUCAACCUCCUCUCAGCCCACCAGCCUCAUCAUUUCCCCAGACACUGCAGGUGAGCAGAAGAAAGAAGAAAGCAAGAAGAUUAACACAGAGAAGGAUCCGUCUGGGUAUGACCUUGUCCAAGAGGCUUCAGCAUUGGUCGAGUACUAUGUGUCUCUAAUGGAAGAAGACAGCCACACCAUGAUGAGCCAGCUUCUGCAGCAGAGCAGUUGGAGAGCCUUCUUCUGCGGCAUCUACCCAAAUUCUGCUACUCUCUGGGCCUUCUACUCUUCUGGAAAACCCCAUCCAGAAUAUGUUGAGGCACUGUCACGUGCAGCUGCAGUGCAGGGGCUCAACGGAUGUACCAGUGGCCUGGGACCUGGGCAAGCUCCUGAGCAGCAGCUGGAGGCUCUGCUCAGUGGGUUGCGGGGAAUGCACACCAUUGGUACUCCGGGUCCCACUUCCCAGCCAUAUAUCACUCUCACGCAGGAGGACCUGAGAGGCUGUGGCCUUUCCAAUACUGAGCGUUUGUUGGUGUUCUCGUGUGGUCACCAUUAUGGUUCAGACACCUUUGAGCAGACUGUGCUGCCUGAGUUGGAAUCUGCUCUGAGUCAGUUAGCUAUACCGUUACCUGGCACAGCUCGCCUCCUCAAGGGUGCCUUCCGAGGAGGAGCACCAACUCUCCAAUUAGCAUGUCCCCGUUGCGUUAUCAGCCAUAUACAGGCUCAGUGUGUGGAAAAUAAUUUUGAGAAAGAAUGGAUUUUUGCUGAGCAAUUUUUGUACUAUAACUUUAUAAAUAUGCUCACAAAUGUGUACAUUGAGGAAAAUAUCUCAGUACCAUAA